UUGAAAAGCGAAUUGUAGCCGCCGUCAUCGUCCUCUGUGCUUUGUCUGAGACACACAGAGGCUGGGCUUUAAUAAGUGCUGAGCUGUGGAUCUGUUGUUCAUAUCAUCCAAACACAGCACCAAACUCAACUCAACACCUUCUUCAGUAAUGGGUUGUUAUGAGUGCUGCAUGCGGUGUCUGGGAGGAGUGCCUUACACAUCUGUGGUAGCAACUCUCCUCUGCUUCUCUGGCAUUGCACUGUUCUGUGGCUGUGGGCACCAGGCGCUCACGGAGACCGAGAGGCUUAUCGAGACCUACUUCGCCCGCAACCCGCAGGACUACAUCACACUAGCCUACCUUAUUGAGUAUUUCCAGUACAUUAUCUAUGGCCUGGCCAGCUUUUUCUUUCUCUACUGCAUUGCACUGCUGGCUGAAGGCUUUUACACAACCAGCGCGGCAAAGCAAACGUUUGGCGAGUUCAGGAGCACCGUGUGUGGCCGCUGUCUCAGUACAACAUUCAUUGUGAUCACGUAUUUCCUCGCCGUCAUCUGGCUGCUGGUCUUUGCUUUUUCUGCACUUCCUGUCUACUUUUUCUACAAUAUGGCUGCGACCUGUCGCACCAUCGACUUUCUCUCUGAGACACCGUCAAGCAUUAACCAGCUGUGCAUGGAUGCCAGACAAUUUGGUUUACUUCCAUGGAACACUGUGCCAGGAAAAGCUUGUGGGAUGACCUUGUCCAACGUAUGCAAAACACGGGAGUUUUUCUUGACCUACGACCUCUACAUUGCUGCCUUCGCUGGAGCUGGAAUUACAUUAUUGGCUCUGCUCACGUAUACAGUCUCCACUACCUAUAAUUUCACUGUUCUACGUUAUCUGGGAAGGAAAGGCUUAGCUGCACGGUGUUAACAUUCUCUGUCCUUUCCUGCAAUCCAUGCUGUUUCUGUCCACUCUGCACCGUAUGGAAGGACAGAAGGAAUUUCUUCACCUACCUGUUCAACAUCUCUGUUUCUCCUUCUAAGACUUUCUUCUUGUUUGACUGACACACUGCUGAGCGUUUGUCCAGAAGGUAAUGAUGUAAAUGUGAACCCUGGAGGCUGCUGUUGUUCUUGAGACAGGACAACAGACUAUUAAAAUACCAGUGACUGUAACACUGCUUUACUGUAAGAUUGUUGUGCCACGAUUUUAUUGUGCCUUUGUUAGUGCCUUUUUCUUCCCUGAUGGACAAAUGACUCAGUUGGACAGGAAGCACAGGGUUGCAUGGUGUUUGGUACUGAGAUGUUUAGUAGAGGAUUUAUCUCACUUUUUUCCCCUUUAUUGUUUUAAUAUAUCUUUUGCUGUUUAUAUUUGUGAUUUUGAAAAUAGCAUUUUUGUCUUUUCUAUAAAAGUGCCUACAUCCCUUACAAGCCGUGGGAUGUUAGUUUCCCUCCAAUCCCGUCCACCAUGGAUGUUAUCUAGUGUUACUCUAUAGUUGAAUAGCAAGGUUUAGUUCUUUUUUUUUAGAUUUGUUUUAGUAAACAGAAAUAACUGAUUUAAUAUGUGAGAAACUGAAUAGCGCAUAUUGUUUAAAUGUUUCUUUUAUAUGUACUUGGGAUGGACAAGCAUGUUACUAUGGUGAUAACCUUUCACAUCUGGUCACCAUGGUGUCUAGACAUGUGAAUAUGGACUGACUUGCUGUGACCUCAGCACUUUUUUCUCACAGUCCAGAGAAUAAUAGAGUUGCGGGCAAUUUUGAGACGAAUGUUGGUUUGAAACAAGGGGGAGGACAAACGUAUAUCGGGAUAAUCAGCUUUACAUAUUCGCUGAGAGUCUUUAGAGGCAACGCAGCACCACAAAUAUCAAAUUCACAAACAGUCAAUCAUUUGCUGAUAGUUUUCAAUAUUUAACACUGAUUUCUGAAGACAUGGUGAGUGCUCAGGCUCCCCCUAGUGGCAGCCGUGUUCAUCUCAAACUGACUGUCCAUAUGGGGGGAACAGUUUAUUGUCCAUCCCUGUAACUAUCAGGAGAAAAUAGUAGUUAUUGUGUAACACACAAUUAUUUUAUUUUUUUUUUUACUAAUCCUUAUUUACACGUUAUGCAUCAAAUUGUUGUUUUAUUUUACUAGCAAUAUUUGUUAAGUGUUUUGUAAGUCAAAUGGCGAGAGCAUCCCCACGAGUUUGGUCAUAAAUAAAGGAAAUCAGAUGAGGUGUAUUGUUCUGUGUGAGAAAGAGGCCUCAGUAAGAGGUCUGUGUAGAUCCACCAGGGUUCGUGUAGAGGAUGUGGAUAGUUUCUUUUUCUCUUUGGCAGAUUCACUGUCCUCUGCACCUGGCUAAGUGGCAGAUUCUGCUAAGAGACCAACGAUACAGAAUGAAAGGGGAGAGGAGAGAUGUGCUGUUCAGCAGGAUCUCGAAACAUCACAGUGGCAGUAUCAGUUCUCCUUACGCCAC